AUGAGCGCAUCUUUGAAUUAUAAGUCUUUUUCCAAAGAGCAGCAGACCAUGGACAACUUAGAGAAGCAACUCAUUUGUCCCAUCUGCUUGGAGAUGUUCACGAAGCCUGUGGUCAUUCUUCCCUGUCAGCAUAACCUGUGUAGGAAAUGUGCCAGUGAUAUCUUCCAGGCCUCUAACCCAUACUUGCCCACAAGAGGAGGCACCACGGUGGCAUCAGGAGGCCGAUUCCGCUGCCCAUCCUGUAGGCAUGAAGUGGUUUUGGACAGACAUGGGAUAUAUGGACUUCAGAGGAACCUGCUGGUGGAAAAUAUCAUUGACAUCUAUAAGCAGGAGUCCACCAGACCAGAAAAGAAGUCCGACCAGCCCAGGUGCGAGGAGCAUGAAGAGGAGCGCAUCAACAUCUACUGUCUAAACUGCGAGGUGCCCACCUGCUCUCUGUGCAAGAUCUUUGGGGCACACAAGGACUGCCAGGUGGCUCCCCUCACUCAUGUGUUCCAGAGGCAGAAGUCUGAGCUCAGUGAUGGCAUUGCUGUCCUUGUGGGAAGCAAUGAUCGAGUCCAGGGAGUGAUCAGCCAGUUGGAGGACACCUGUAAAACUAUUGAGGAAUGCUGCAAAAAACAGAAACAGGAACUUUGUGAGAAGUUUGACUACCUAUAUGGCAUCCUGGAGGAGAGGAAGAAUGAGAUGAGCCAAGCCAUUACCCGAACUCAAGGGGAAAAACUGGAACAUGUCCGUGCUCUGAUCAAAAAGUAUUCUGAUCAUUUGGAGAAUGUAUCAAAGUUGGUCGAGUCAGGAAUCCAGUUCAUGGAUGAGCCAGAAAUGGCAGUGUUUCUGCAGAAUGCCAAAACCCUGUUACAAAAAAUUUCUGAAGCAUCGAAAGCAUUUCAGAUGGAGAAAAUAGAGCAUGGUUAUGAGAACAUGAACCACUUCACAGUCAAUCUCAAUAGAGAAGAGAAGAUAAUACGCGAAAUUGAUUUUUACAGAGAAGAGGAAGAGGAAGAAGAAGAAGGAGAAGGAGAGGGAGAAGGAGAAGAGGAAGGAGGAGGAGACAGAGAGGGAGAAGGACAAGGAGAAGAAGAAGUAACAUUUGAAGAGGUAGAACAUGUUCUAACAGAGCCAUCAGAAGAAGAUGAAAGUCUAGAGAAAGCCUUGGAGCCCUCUCAGCUGGCCUCAGAGGUCCAUGCUGCCCCAGAAACACUUCUUGUUUCCUCUCCAGAGCCACCUCCAGCCUUGCCACUUGCUGCAGAUGCCCCAGUGACACAGAUUGGAUUUGAGGACCCUCCCCUCCAGGGACAGGCUGCAGCGUCAGGGAGUGGGAAUGGAGCUGAUUCUGAGCCAGCUCGCCAUAUCUUCUCCUUUUCCUGGUUGAACUCCCUGAAUGAAUGA